UGCACUGGGUUUUCAACCUGUCAGUACUGUCAGAGAAGCCUCUGCUGCAGCCACUUGUGUUUUUGUGUCAUGUUAUGGCUGGAGUAACUGCCAAACUUUUCAUGCUCUGCUUUAUCAUUGUGGUACUCAUCUUGCCGAGGGCUUACUCUGAAGAUGUUGGGAGCAGUACGACACCCUCAUUUUAUGGAUCAACUAGUGCUGAAAAUUUCACUCCAACCGAGACAGUGACAGAAAAGGAUGGAGAGCUGGAGACAGAGAGGACAGUUCAAGACAAUGGUUCAGAUGCCAAAGAAACUAUGCAGACUGCAAAUUUUGUGUAUCCUGUAGGGGUGGUUGUUGUUGGAGUUCAUCGUCCUUUCUAUCCUCCUUAUUUUUACCGACCUUUCUAUCCUCCGCCUCCUCCCCCUCCCCCUCCGCCUCCUCCUCCUCCUCCUCCUCCUCCUCCUCCUCCUCCACAUUUCUUUCAGCCAUGGAGGAGAUGGUGA